AUGAGGUCACUAAAUCAGAAAAGCUCGUCACGGCCUUGCGAGGUGCAGGUGGCCACCGCAGCUGUUCGGCUACAGAAGGAGCUGGCAGAGACGCGGGUAGUCUUGGUUCAGCUAUCAGUGGCGGACGUAAAUAAGUCCGUUAAAGUAGUGAAAAUCAAGUUCUUCGCGAAAUUAACUUCGUUAAUUUCACGUAAUAUCCGGGGACGAAUAUUUUUAGAACUCGCGCUUUAUCUGAGGACCUUGAGACUUUGCUCGAUCACUUCGUUCAGGUCCGCGGAAGAGUCGAGAACGGUCCGAGCAGUAAUUCGCGCCGUGGUGUGUUCAAGAAGUUUAGCUAGGCAAGUAAAGUGCAUAGUGCAAUUUUGGCGGUUUUCUGGUGCGAGCGUAGACUUGCGGAUAAAGCGAUUUGUGGCAAGUUGCGGAAGCCCGGCACACCACCACCCCCACGUUUUAAGAACGACCGUUUUCGUCCCGCCUUCCUGCUACGAAGACGUGUACCCGGCGGUACACGUGGCCGGAGAGGGCAGCGCACGUUAUUCCCGCGCCCUAGGCAGGGCAGUAGCAACGGGUCCGGCUUUGAGCCGGCCAUUUCCAUCAACGAGAGUGUCCCGAGUGGAAACCUACGUCCAAAAAGUUUUUUCGAUCGGAUUCGAUCCUACGACGACCAGCGUGGCAAGCACGACCGAGUCCACUGCACCACCGGCGGUGACGAUCGUCGGUGCGACGGCCGUACCCCGUCGAGAAGACCACAGAUCCCCGUGGGAGGCGCCGUUUGAGAACGGCCACACCAGCGUAGUCGAGUAGGAGAUUCCCACCAGGAGUCAACGGGAGAGCGCGUUUUGCACGCGCGCAGAAUUGUACCGUAGCCGCAAAUGCCCCCACGAAGUACAGCGUCCAAACUGUAAGUAGCAUGCAUGC